CACUCGCUCCACAGUCCAACAGGAGAGCAGUUAUGAAGAGAACAGUUCCUUACAACUCGAGAUGGGCAGAGAGACGGUCCACGGUGCUUUAUGCCGUACGUGCAGCCACUUUCGGCUCCUGGAGGAUGCUCACCCUGGGGUCUGAGUACGAGGACACCUGGGCUGUGUCCCCUGACAGGAAGCAAGGCCCCUCAAAAGAAGUCAAGGAGGAUUCAGGUGAUGCCGAAGACCCAGAUGUCUACGCUGAAGAGUUACAGGAGUCAUCAUGGAGAGCUGGCCAAGAGGAAGCCGGAAACAAGUAUGACACGGUUUUACACUUGGUCGGUGAAAGAAGAGCAGGACCGCAGGACGGUGUCGGCCAGGCCAUCUGGAAGCACGACAUGCUGAACAACUCCCCACUGAUCUGGAGAAUGGCUCGAUUCACGGAAGAUCUCCCCCCCCGCUACGGAGGCAGCGCAGGCGGCGGAGGGAGAGGCGGCCCGGGCGCUGGCAGAGGGGGAGCCCGGGGCGGAGGCGCUCCGGGCGGCCAGAGGAUGUACAAGCAGUCGAUGGCCCAGAGAGCCCGGACUAUGGCCAUUUACAACCCCAAUCCCGUCAAGCAGAACUGCCUCACUGUCAACCGCUCUCUCUUCAUCUUCCGUGAGGACAAUCUCAUCAGGAAGUAUGCAAAGCGGAUAACAGAGUGGCCUCCAUUUGAAUAUAUGAUCCUGGCAACGAUUAUCGCCAACUGCAUCGUCUUGGCCUUGGAGCAACAUCUACCUGCUAAUGACAAGACGCCCAUGUCAGAACGCCUGGAUGACACAGAGCCCUACUUUAUUGGAAUAUUCUGUUUUGAGGCUGCCAUUAAGAUCAUUGCCCUGGGCUUUGCAUUUCAUAAAGGCUCCUACCUCCGCAACGGCUGGAAUGUAAUGGACUUCGUGGUCGUCCUCACAGGAAUUCUUGCCACGGUGGGUUCGGACUUUGACCUGAGAACGCUGCGAGCGGUGAGAGUGCUGAGACCCCUGAAACUCGUGUCAGGAAUCCCAAGUCUGCAGGUGGUGUUGAAGUCCAUAAUGAAAGCCAUGGUUCCGUUGCUUCAGAUUGGUUUGCUGCUUUUCUUUGCCAUCGUCAUGUUUGCCAUUAUCGGGGUGGAGUUUUACAUGGGAAAAUUCCACUACACCUGCUUCAACAACAGCACAGGGGAGAGAGCCGCUGACUGGCCUUGUGGUAAUGAGCCCCCCGCCAGGACUUGUCCCAAUGGAACCGUUUGCAGAGAGUACUGGACUGGACCCAACUUUGGCAUCACCAACUUCGACAACAUCCUGUUUGCCGUGCUUACUGUAUUCCAGUGCAUCACCAUGGAGGGCUGGGUGGACAUCCUCUACCACACCAAUGACGUUGUAGGAAACACCUGGAACUGGGCGUACUUCAUCCCUCUCAUCAUCAUCGGCUCUUUUUUCAUGCUCAAUCUGGUCCUCGGUGUCCUAUCAGGAGAAUUUGCUAAAGAGCGCGAGCGUGUGGAGAAGAGGCAGGAGUUCCUAAAGCUACGGCGACAACAGCAGAUCGAGAGAGAGCUCACUGGAUACUUGGAGUGGAUCUGCAAAGCAGAGGAAGUGUUGCUAGAGGAAGAAGAUGAGAUUGCUGAAGAGAAAUCACCGCUGGACGGUGCGUGGUACAAGAGGAAACAAAACCUUUCAGUUCUGAAGCGAGGCAAAAUCAAAAAGGUUAAAAACGACUUAAUUGGUGCUGAGGAGGGGGAAGAUCCUUUUGCUGAAAUGUCCUCCAUUGCUCCACCCAGCUCACCGUUUGGUCGCGCGAGUGUGAAAAGUGCCGGAAAACUGGACAGCUCCUCUUACUUCCGGCGAAAAGAAAAGAGGACACGUUUCUUUAUCCGUCGUAUGGUGAAAGCUCAAAGUUUCUACUGGAUUGUUCUGUGCUUGGUGGGACUCAACACCCUGUGUGUUGCCAUAGUGCACUACGACCAACCAGAAUGGCUUACAACAGCUCUCUACGCAGCAGAGUUUGUGUUUCUGGGUUUGUUUCUCACUGAGAUGACUAUGAAGAUGUACGGCCUUGGACCAAGAAACUACUUCCACUCCUCCUUUAACUGCUUUGAUUUUGGUGUAAUUGUUGGAAGCAUUUUUGAGGUGAUUUGGGACAUGAUUAAACCUGGAGCAUCAUUUGGUAUCAGUGUCUUGAGGGCCUUGAGACUUCUCAGGAUUUUCAAAGUCACCAAAUAUUGGAACUCAUUGAGGAAUCUUGUCGUUUCCCUCCUUAACUCCAUGAAGUCCAUCAUCAGUUUGCUCUUCCUGCUCUUUCUCUUCAUUGUCGUUUUUGCAUUGCUGGGUAUGCAGCUCUUUGGAGGACAGUUUAAUUUUGAGGAUGAAACACCAACAACAAACUUUGAUACCUUCCCAGCAGCCAUCCUCACUGUGUUCCAAAUUCUGACCGGUGAGGACUGGAACGCUGUGAUGUACCACGGCAUUGAGUCCCAAGGAGGUGUACAUCGCGGCAUGUUUUCCUCCAUCUAUUUCAUUGUCCUGACGCUCUUUGGAAACUACACCCUACUGAAUGUGUUCUUGGCCAUUGCUGUUGACAACCUCGCAAAUGCCCAGGAGUUGACUAAGGAUGAAGAGGAACAGGAGGAGGCAGCCAAUAAGAAGCUUGCAAUGCAGAAGGCACUAGAAGUGAAGGAAGUUAGCCCAAUGUCAGCUGCCAACAUUUCGAUCACUGCUUUUGUAAAGCAAAAUCGAGAUGCACUCUCUCGCAGGUCGUCCAUCAACAGCAUUCAGUCACCCAAGGAGCAACUGCGAUCUGCAAAGAACAAGUCAAUAUGGGAGCAGAGGACGACCCAAUUGAGGAGACACAACAUGAAGCUGAGCAGUGAGGCCUUGUUUAAUGAACUCAACCCAGAGGAGCGCCUCCGGAUAUCCAGCACCCUUCAUCUCCAUCCUGAAAUGAAGACUCAUAUGGACCGGCCACUUCGGGUACAGGCCAAGAACGGUGACCAGCCCAACCCACCCCAUGAAGAAAGUACGGAGGAGGGUUCCCAGCUGGAUGGGGUGGGUGACAGCUUCCACACACACUCCAGGAGGCAUCACCGCCAUCGUGACAAGAAUGGUGAGGGAGGUGGCAGCCGGGGAGAGAGAUACCACAUGCAUCACAGCAGGAGCAGAGAACAAAAUGCAGACGGCCCCCAGAUGAAAGAGGGGGGAGGGGAGAGGAACCAGAGGUGUGAUGGAGGCAGACACAGACAACACCACCAGGCUGGAUCUCCUGAGGAUGAGGCCAGUGAUGUACAGGGGGGGAGAGGGAGAGAGGAGAGAGGGCAUCGCCACCAUCACUCUCAUCGAACACCAAAAGAAGGAAAUGGCUUGUUAGUGAACAGCGCACAGGGAGAGGGCAGAGGAAGGGGUGGAAAUGGAGGGAAUGGCAAUGGAGAGAGGAAAAGACGCCAAUCUCGCAUGACCAGAGCUCAGUCUACUUUGGGUCGAGAUGAGUGCAAGAGGAACGAUGACAAAGCUUGUCGAGAGAGGCAGCCAGAUGCUGAUGAGGACAGCUUUGCCUGCAGUCCUGUGAACAGUAACAUAACUCUUAAUGCAAAGCAAGAGGAUGAUGACAACCAGAAGAACUCCAGCAGGGCCAGCCAGGUUGGCCUCAACAGCAACACUAUCCACAUCCCUGUCACCAUCACUGCACCUCCUGGAGAAACCACCAUCAUACCCAUGAAUAACAUUGAGGCUGACAACAUUCAACUCAGUGAAGAGAAGAAAGAUUUGGAAGACGAUGAAGAUGCAGCCGAGGGGCCCCGGCAGAUCCUUCCCUACAGCUCAAUGUUCAUCUUUGGACAGACGAACCCAGUGCGACGCCUGUGUCACUAUGUGGUCAACUUACGCUACUUUGAGAUGUGCAUCCUGAUGGUCAUUACCAUGAGCAGCAUCACCCUAGCGGCCGAGGACCCCGUGCAAGCCAACGCACCCCGGAACAAUAUUCUGAAAUAUCUGGACUAUGUCUUUACUGGGGUCUUCACAUUUGAGAUGGUGAUUAAGAUGAUUGACCUGGGACUUCUUCUCCACCCUGGCUCCUAUUUCCGUGACCUUUGGAACAUUCUUGACUUCAUAGUGGUCAGUGGAGCCCUGGUGGCCUUUGCUUGCUCAGGCACAAAAGGCAAAGACAUCAACACCAUUAAGUCACUCAGAGUCCUCAGAGUCCUGCGGCCACUCAAGACCAUUAAACGGCUUCCCAAGCUGAAGGCCGUGUUUGACUGCGUUGUGAACUCUCUGAAGAACGUUCUCAACAUCCUCAUCGUCUACAUGCUCUUCAUGUUCAUAUUUGCCGUCAUCGCUGUGCAGCUGUUUAAGGGCAAGUUUUUCUACUGCACGGAUGAGUCAAAGGGUCUGGAAAAAGACUGCCGGGGACAGUUUCUGGACUAUGACAGGGACGAUGUGGCGGCUCAGCCUAGAGAGUGGAAGAAGUACGAGUUUCACUACGAUAAUGUUCUCUGGGCCUUCCUAACACUCUUUACCGUCUCCACUGGAGAGGGUUGGCCACUGGUCCUAAAGCACUCUGUAGAUGCCACGUAUGAGGACCAGGGCCCCAGCCCAGGCUUCCGCAUGGAGACAUCCAUCUUUUACGUGGUCUACUUUGUGGUUUUCCCCUUUUUCUUUGUCAACAUAUUUGUGGCUUUGAUCAUCAUAACCUUCCAAGAGCAAGGAGACAAGGCCAUGUCGGAGUGCAGCUUGGAGAAAAAUGAGAGGGCGUGUAUUGACUUUGCCAUCAAUGCCAAGCCGCUUACGAGAUACAUGCCGGCGAACAAGCAGUCCUUCCAGUACAAGAUGUGGAAAUUUGUGGUGUCGCCACCUUUUGAGUACGCCAUCAUGACUUUAAUUGCCCUCAACACAGUAGUGCUGAUGAUGAAGUUCUACGGAGCUCCUGAUCUGUAUGAGUCGAUGCUGAAGUAUUUAAACAUCAUCUUCACUGGGCUCUUCACAUUGGAGUGCAUCCUCAAGAUUAUUGCCUUCAGCCCACUGAGCUACCUAAAGGAGCCAUGGAAUGUGUUUGACUUUGUGACCGUGAUUGGAAGCAUCACAGACAUUUUGUUUACAGAGAUAAAUAACAAGAUGAUAAACCUGAGUUUCUUGAGGCUCUUCAGAGCAGCUCGUCUUAUCAAGCUGCUGCGCCAGGGCUACACCAUCCGCAUCUUGCUGUGGACUUUCGUUCAGUCCUUCAAGGCCUUGCCAUAUGUGUGCCUGCUUAUUGCCAUGCUGUUCUUCAUUUAUGCCAUCAUUGGCAUGCAGGUGUUUGGUAACAUUGAGCUGAUUGAGGAAUCUGCCAUAAAUCACCACAACAACUUCCAGACCUUUUUCCAGGCCUUGACUCUUCUGUUCAGGAGCGCGACAGGCGAAGCAUGGCAUGAAAUCAUGCUAGCCUGCCUCAGUAAUCGACCAUGUGAUAAGCUGUCGGGAACGGCUGGGACGGAAUGCGGCAGUGAUUUUGCUUACUUCUACUUUGUCUCCUUUAUCUUCCUCUGCUCCUUUCUGAUGUUGAACCUCUUUGUUGCUGUCAUCAUGGACAACUUUGAAUACCUGACCAGAGAUGCCUCCAUUCUGGGGCCUCACCACCUGGAUGAAUUCAUUCGUGUUUGGGCAGAGUAUGACCCUGCUGCGUGUGGCUGCAUGACUUAUCGCAAUAUGUAUGAGAUGCUGCGCGACAUGUCGCCCCCGCUUGGUUUGGGAAAGAAAUGUCCACCCCGAGUCGCCUAUAAGCGAUUGGUGAGGAUGAACAUGCCAAUUGCGGAUGACAACACGGUUCAUUUCACCUCCACGCUGAUGGCUCUGAUUCGCACAGCUCUUGAGAUCAAACUGGCAUCUGGGUUCCUGGCACAGCAGUUGUCUGAUAUUGACCUGAGGAGGGAGAUCAACCGGGUUUGGCCAAACCUGUCUCAGAAGACCAUUGACCUGCUGGUGACGCCACAUAAAUAUAAUGAGCUGACUGUGGGGAAGGUCUAUGCAGCUCACAUGAUCUUUGACUACUACAAGCAGAACCAGGCAAAGAAGCUCCAGCAGCAGAACCCUUCAGGGGUGUCUCAGAACAAACUGGGGGCGCUGUUUCGUCCUGUGUUGCCCUUCACUCACAUCCACGAAGUCCAGCCUCCAAUCUCCAGCCCCAAGCCACCUUCUCCUCCUCCGCUGAAGCCAGAACUGCAACAGGAGCCCCCAGCCCCGAGAGACACAACACUAACCCAGAGAAAUGUCAUAAAGCAUUCCCAGUCUGGAGAUGUUUCUCAGACAGCUCAGAGGCCAAAAGCUCGGAGGAAGCUUCAGAGAGGCCAGUCAGAAGAUGUACAAUAUUUCACAAAACCCCAGGAGUUGGUUGAACUGAAGCAGGUGGAAAAUCUCUCAGACACAGAGGGAUAUCCCAUUCUGGAGAGCCACUGCAGAGCAGCCUCUCUACCCAGGCUCAAUGCUGAGUACUAUCGGAGCCACCCUCGCCACGCCCCCGGGACCCACCUGGCACCGAUUGUUGACCUGAGUCCCAUCAAACGCUCUGCAUCCUCCCUGACCCCUCAAUGCCACCAAGAGGAGGCUGGGCUGAGGGAGUUUGACCUGGAGUGUGUGGGUCAGGCUCAUUCCUCUGCAGGGCUGGGACAAGUCCAGCAGGGACAGGACAGACCUCACCACCAUCACCACCACCACCGCUGCCAUCGCCGCAGGGACAAAGACAGGAGGCAAAAGUCUUUGGAUAAAGCUACAUCACCGCAUCCGUCAAACACUGACGGUUCACCUACAGAGCCUCCAGCUGAAGGCCUGUCCAGAGAGCGAGCGAGGGAGCGGGACCGCAGUCGCCCGCAUGAGAGGAGGCACCACUCCUCGGCGGGGGAGAAGCAGCGCUACUAUUCCUGCGAGCGUUAUGGCAGCAGAGAGCAGUGCCACGCCCGGUCAGCCGGUCCCAGCCGAUCCACGUCUCCAGGAGAGGCUCAGGACCCCAGCAUCCUCAAACAGGGUAGCAGCGUGGUCAAAACUGGUACAAACACUCCCGGCCGAGGGCGCCGGCAGCUUCCACAGACACCCCUCACCCCGCGUCCAGCUGUGGCCUACAAGACGGCCAACUCCUCAGCUCUCCCGUCCAGUGUUGUCGCCACUACGGCAGAACAUCAGACUCGCGCCAGCCGUGGCCUUUCAGCGCACGAUCGCCUACCCGUUGGCAUUAAGUCUCCGAUACCCGUCACCUGCAUAGGUUCAGACCCCAACCUAAGCCGCCAGCAGCUGGACUCCUCCCAACUGGCCCUCCUUGAGGACACAGAAGACUUUGAGGAUGCUGUUAGUAGCCACGGAGGAGGACGCUCAGCCAGAACUGCUGGUUCCACCACAGCCUCAGCCACACAGGGCACAGCCGAUGCACCCGCCACAGCACCAGCCACGCAGGGACGGGCGGCAGCUGUGCCUAACGGGUACCACUUCAACCUCGGAGUCAGUUCACCAUCUGGACCUGGAAACAGAGGAACGGGAAGUCUCAGGGAGAGGGAGGAAGAUGACUGGUGCUAACGAGGCAGAAGAGUUUAGACAGAUGGCGCUGAUAACUUGAGCAGGGUCGGUUGUGGUGUGAUUUAGUUCUCACAUCAGCUCAGUUGAGACCGUACAGUCGGAGACCAGUGGACUGACAACGCUGACGGCACACUGAUGAGGAAAGUUCUGCGGAAAACAGUAAGAAGGGGGAUCAGAGAUCAUUCCAGCUUUGUACUCUUACUCUUUUUAAUGUAACAACCUCUUUACAAAAUGAAAAAUGUUGCCCCCUCUACUUGCACUGAAAUUAUAGCACACAUGAAGACCCUUAACUAUUCUGCCUCAGUUAGUAAAUUCUGUGGACCAGAAGACAAAAGCCAAAAUCUGAAGCUGGUAACUGUGUUUCUGAAAAAUCAGGAGGCCUCAUUUCUGAUAUUAAUCUGGCUGCUUGCAUGAGUUUCAGUAUUAUUGUAUGUUUUAUUUUUUCUUUGCCAUAUAGGUGCGCAAAGAGGUUCUAUUACUACUUUUUCAUUGUUUUUGUUAUUGUUUUUUUUUAGCUUUCUGCAGUCUAAUGACCUUGUUUUGACAGAAUAGGAAAGUGUUUUAAAAUUAGGUCUGUAAAUGCUGCCAUAACCAUCUAACUAGCCCAGUAUUUAACUAGAUACAGUAGGAAUGCCAUUGGUUAAUAUGGGACUACAGUUGAGUUUUAACUGUCACAUUUUUGUAAAUUGUACAAGAUGUAAAUUGCGCACUACACAUAGGACCAGAGCGACUCUUAUGUGACAUCAAGUGGCUAAAAUACUAAGUGCCUCGUUUACUACGAUAUGUUGUGACACUGCCGGUCAGAUGGACUUGAACAUACAGUGCAGUCGGGGCAGAAAAAGGACAUAAUGGAACUUUUUUGAAUCCGACACGAAGGACAAAAUGCAAAAAAAAUAUGUUUUUGUAUUAAAUCCUGUGGCAGAUAAGUCCAGAUUUGUUUGAUUAACCCAGAGUAAGCAAUGUAAUGCAUGAUAGAGUUUCAAGAAAUGGUGUAUGUACUGGUACUUUGGCUAAAGGAUGUUAUAGUGGGUAUUUGCCUUUCUCUUACUAAUAUACUGCCAGUCAGCUAUUGAAAAUGGUUUCUGAAUGAAGUGCCAGGUUUUGAUUAAUAAUCAUCAAAAAGAAAAAAAAAAAAAAAAGAAACACAUGCCUCCUCAAGCAUGCAAUAUAUAGAUAAAUAUAUAUUGUCUCUGCCAUAUAUGCCCAGAUUUUAUGGGCUCUUUUCCUCCCUGAUCUUUAAUCUUAGAGCAGUACCGUGUGAGCGUUUGGUCAGGUUACUUGUAUGUGAACAUGCAGGUACAAUAAAGAGUUGUGUUGUUGGGGAAGACUGUUGACUUAAACGUAGGGCUAUGCAACGAGACGACACUUCAUCUGCCCCCGUAGCUUUAUCCCCUGGAAUUUCCAGGUUCAGGCUUUAGUGUGACUACGACCAAAUUUUGCAUCUGUGUAUUAAGCCUUGUAAAUUAUAAAUGUAAUAUCAUGUACAGCUAACUGUCUAAGGCACAAACAGUAUCAAAGCUGAUAUACAGUAAGAGAACCACUGGGCAUUUUUGUGGCUGGAAAAGCGACUGCAUGACGCCUACUCUGGUAGAACCACCCAAAAUAUAAAACUGUGUUCUUCUAACAUGAGUCAAAUAUAAGUUUGAAUAAUAUCUGUGGUUUUUCUCGCUGGGAGAUUCAGAUUCUUUAGAUUUAUUGAAUGAUUUAAUGUGAGGAAGAUUGUCACUGUCACGGCCGAGCUAAGUAAGCAUUGUUGUGUCUUUGUUUGAGUCCUGCGCAGGCCUGACAUCACAGCCCACCCAGGCCUGUACCCAUGUCUGAAGCAGCUGAGCCAUCUGGUGCUGGAAGUUCAGACUCAAGCCUCCAUUCGUGCCAUAUUUCACUGUUUCUACUAGUUAGCCUGCCAGGCCAGCUCGAUAUGCAGACCAUUGUCUGAGUUCUUCUUCACUCUGGGAUGAACAUAUCAUUUUAAAAGGAUGAGGCUGGAUUUAUUUUUGUUACAGCCAACAAAUUCCACUAAAAGACCGACAUCAACUUCUGUUUCCAUGUCCCUUUGUGUAACCUGGCUGUGGCUUUUAUUGUCAAGUCCAAUUGUUCCUACUAAAGAUGUAAAUCCUGGAAAUGGAUCACCUUUUUGUGAAUUGUACGUUUUUGUUGAUGCAUUCUAAAAGUGUGUGUAGAACGGGUGAAAACUACACUAUAGGCGCACAGUUUUGACAUGAGACGACAAAGACAGGAGUCCAGUGUUAAUUCAGGUGAAUUUUGCCAACAGACACUGUUUUAUUACAUUUAGCAAAGCAACUUACAACUGAGGAAAACCCUCAACCGCAGUAAACAUAGUACAUGGAAAAGGAAGUGGAGAGCAUGUAGGUGAGGGUAAGAAGGUUAGAAACUAACAAAGUCAACCUUUAGUCACUUAUUGAUUCGGAAAUGUCCUUAAGUCCUCAAGUUUGGCAUCCUGCAUCUCAGGAGCCAGAAGUGGCCACAUUUGAACACAAAGUGGAGAUGGAGAGUGGAUCUUAACGGAACAUGUCCCAACGCUGACUCUCACUACUCCCCGAGUCUGACUGAACGCAGCCAUGAAGCAGCUGGGUGUUGUAGCUUUUGCAGUUUGUUCAGAAACGUGAGGAGCAGGUUAAUUUUCAUGGUUCAGCUGAAACGUUGUGAUUACAGACAUACUGCAGGAUGGACUGUUGUGUGUGUGUGUGGGUCCAAUGGAUGACAAGAAGAUGUUAUGUACUGCAACUGUGUGGCCCAGUGAUGUGAUUUUGAACAACAAUGUGAAGCGUACAGUAUGAUGCAGAUUGUAGUUUCACAUGUUAAGUUAUUGCUAAUUUUGGUCUUCGGAUAAGGAAAAUGGAAACUGGCAGCAUUAUUUUAAAAAUGCAUAUGCAUCACUGCAUAUUUGACUGUUUGUGUGGUUGUUUAACGUGUUGCUUUUGUGCACAGCUUUCAUCCUUACACUGAACUUUUUUGCUCAUUUGUCUGUUAGUUUUUCUGGUUUUCAGAUUUUCUUUUCUUUUUUUUGUCCCACAAGAUUUUUCCCUUCUUUGAUUUGUCAUCUUUGCACAUUUAUUUAUUGACAUGUGAAUCAUCUGCAAAUAUUGGAUUUGAGCCUUACAUUUUAACUCUUUAACUUGUCUUUUAAUUGUGCAUUUAUUUGAUGGAGCUAAUAGGACAUGUGAAUUUUAGACCAUAAAAGAAUAUGCAGUCAUGCUGCUCUGUCAGUCAUCAAGCUUGUCUUGUUUUUUUAAAAUGCCGCGGUAGAGCAAGGAUUCAACCAGAUCUCUACAGCAGAUUUCAAAAGAAGAGAAAAAGUUCCUCAUAAAUAGGACUAAUAAAUGAGUAAAUAAAGAUCCUAGAUUUCGAGGCCUCCAGUGACCACACAUGAGCAGGUUGCUCAAGUUUUCCCCACUGACAGUUUCUUCCUCUGCCCAUUCUGCACACGUCCUGUCUGCAUGUUUUGAGAAUAAAAGUCUCUGGAUGAAAAAAAAAUCAUUUAAAAGAAGAGAUAAUGUUUGGCUUUCUUAAGUCUGCCAUAUGUGCGAAUUGUUUCCUGGUUGUAUUUUCUGACUAUCUAAAGACACACUAGCAUCAUUUUCGGAUGAAGAUGAAAUAAACGAGUCGGACUAGCUUGAAUAAUGUUUUCUGGCAGAAACACCUAAGCGGAAACAAGGCUGCGUCUCAGAGAAAGAGCGUCUGGAGUGGUUGAAUCCUUCGCUGCCUGAUCUGUGACUUGACUGUCUUUCCCAGUUGUUUCAACUGUACAAAUACGUUUUGUAUGAAUAUAAGUAAUUGAAUAAAGAGGUAUGAUUAUGAAACUGCA